UUUAGGUUAAAAAAUGACAUCUUAUCUGGGCUUUCUGAUCCUAAGCUGUUUAGUUCUUGGAAUAGUUGCUGAUAGUUUAAAAGGUAGACAUGAAGGAAAGAACGGAAGGGUUUUGAUGAAAAAAAAGAUAAAAAUCCCUCAUCAACACGAAAAUUCAGAUAUGAACCACAAACUCAGCGAGAUUGUUCCAGAAAGACCUGACAAUGCUAAAAGAUUUCUGUCAUUGUUUACUGUUGUCUCGUUCGCCAACGAAGCUUGUAGCACUACCACGGGUAUAAAUGGAACUUGUUUCUCGCGAAACGACUGUGUUAAUCAAGGAGGAACACCCUCGGGUACUUGUGCUUCGGGCUUCGGAGUUUGUUGCUUAGUCACUGCAACCUGUGGAGGCUCCACUAAUGUCAAUGGAACAUAUUUUCACAGCAUAGACUAUCCAUCUACAUUCGACAGUGUUGGUUCUUGCCAGUUAACUGUUAAUAAACAAGCGGAUAGUGUGUGUCAGCUAAGGCUGGACAUGGAGAACAUGGUAAUUGCUCAGCCGACCUCUACAGAUCAAAAGUGUGAGUCCGACCAGUUUAUAGUGACAGGAGGCGCUCCUAUACCUGCUAUCUGUGGCGUCAACACCGGAGCGCAUAGCCCAGAGAUAACUGACCAGAAGUGCACUGAUGAUAUGUUAAUGAUUCAUGGCGGGUUCCCUAUUCCAAAUAUAUGUGGGACAAAUACGAAUCAACAUUUGUAUGUUGAUAUGGGAUUGUCCUCAAGCUCUCCAGUUGUACUGACAGUUGUGACCGCGGGCACUUCUUUUGCACGUUCCUUUUCAAUCAAAGUCACUCAAAUUGAGUGCAAUUCUCUUUCAAAAGCAAGCACGGGGUGCCUUCAGUACUUCCAAGGUGUCUCUGGUCGAAUUUUUUCUUUCAAUUAUAAUGAAGCAACUGGACUUCAGCUCUCGGAUACUGACUAUUCUGUUUGUGUAAGAACUGAGAGAAAUUUCUGUGGUAUUCAGUACUCUGCUUGUACGGAUACAGCAAACACACCGUCUCGGGCCUUUUCUGUGACGGGUGGAACACCAGCAGAGGGUAGCAAGGUUGGAACUCAGUGUGCUACCGACUGGCUAACUAUUCCAUGUGCAACCAAUACCCAUGACCCCAAGGCGCAAAACGGCACACCUACAGUCUGUGUUGAUAGAAUUUGUGGAAUGGUCUUUAACUCUGCGACCACAGCUGCUAACUCACCUAAUGUCCCGGUCUACAGUUAUACAAAGCCUUUCAACAUUUAUGUUCACACAGAUAGUACAGAAAGUAGUUCUAGUCCUGCUGAGACCAAUAACAGAGGAUUUUGUUUGAAUUUUAUCCAGCAACCCUGCAUAGCUUCAAGUGGAAAAUGAAAAUAUAUAUAUAUUUGUUUAUAUCGAUGUUUUUUAUUGUUAGGCUUAUUUUUGUAUAUUAAGAUUUGAUUAUUGAUGUA